CUGUGUCAAUAGACUCGCUAUGAAACCUUGAAUCAGGUUAAUAAGGUACCUUUUUAUCUCAUGGUUAAUGUCUAACCAAGUACUAGAUCCUUAGCAGUAUAUGUUGGCAUUGGCUGCGCUUGCUGGGUGAUAGCCUGCAGUUGUUGUAUAAAGGUAUGUCUGAGGAGGAAACUGUCCCGCUGCUUGUACAACAGCCUAAUGAUAACGACAGAAGGAAUAAUGAACGUACGGAGUCUCAAAGCAAUGGUCAGACACAGAGCAGCUCCCAGCAAGUUCUGGAACAAGAUGACGAAGAGGAUGAAGAGUUAACAUUGAAGUAUGGUGCUAAGCACGUGAUCAUGCUCUUUGUGCCUGUGACGCUCUGCAUGGUGGUGGUUGUGGCUACUAUUAAAUCCGUCAGCUUUUAUACACGGAAGGAUGGACAGCUAAUUUAUACCCCUUUCACAGAAGAUACGGAGACUGUAGGACAAAGAGCUCUAAACUCCAUCCUCAACGCUGCGAUAAUGAUCAGUGUGAUCAUAGUUAUGACCAUACUACUGGUGCUCCUCUACAAGUACAGGUGUUAUAAGGUUAUUCAUGGCUGGCUGAUAAUAUCUUCCCUGCUGUUACUGUUUUUCUUCUCUUUUAUCUAUCUGGGCGAAGUGUUCAAAACGUACAAUGUAGCCAUGGAUUACAUAACACUGGCCCUUAUGAUUUGGAAUUUUGGCGUUGUGGGCAUGAUCUGCAUUCACUGGAAUGGGCCACUGAUCCUGCAACAGGCCUAUCUUAUCAUGAUCAGUGCUUUGAUGGCUCUGGUGUUUAUCAAAUAUCUCCCAGAGUGGACAGCCUGGCUCAUCCUAGCAGUGAUAUCCGUUUAUGAUCUCAUUGCCGUCUUAUGCCCCAAAGGGCCACUCCGUAUGCUGGUAGAGACCGCGCAGGAGAGAAAUGAAACCCUCUUCCCAGCCUUAAUUUACUCUUCCACAAUGAUAUGGUUAGUAAAGAUGGCAGAUGGAGAUCCAGGGUUUAAACAGAGCAUGUCAAAGAAACCUACUUACAACACACAAGUUCCAGCUGUCCGGGUGAGGGGUGACGGUGCUACUGCAGAUGAUAAUGGUGGUUUUGAUGCAGACUGGGAAGAACAAAGAGAUGCAAGAAUUGGGCCCAUUGAAUCAACGACAGAGUCCCGCUCAGCAAUCCAGGCACUGCCUAGCAAUACACCUCCAAGUGAAGAUCCCGAGGAGCGAGGAGUAAAACUUGGACUUGGAGAUUUCAUUUUCUAUAGUGUCCUUGUUGGGAAGGCUUCAGCCACAGCCAGUGGGGACUGGAAUACCACUCUGGCUUGUUUUGUUGCUAUUCUGAUUGGUCUGUGCCUUACUUUGCUUCUCCUUGCUAUUUUCAAGAAAGCAUUGCCCGCACUUCCCAUCUCCAUAACAUUCGGACUUGUCUUCUACUUUGCCACAGACAACUUGGUACAGCCCUUUAUGGACCAGUUGGCAUUUCACCAGUUUUAUAUUUAACACUUUGGCCAGAUUGUUCCCUGGCGCGUUUGGGGUUUCUACAUAUAACUAUCCAAGCAAACUCGUUUGCUUUUUUUUUUUUUUUUUUAUAUAUAUAUAUUUUUUUUUUUACUUGUUUUGAAAUAUAAGGGAUCUACAUUUGUUAACCCCUUCUAAAUCUAAGGGACAAGAAAUCAUUGAGUUUCUGUGUCUCAGUGGACUGAAGAAGUGGUUCAUGGUGUUAACAUUGCCAUACCAGCAGAUCGAAAACAUCACAAGUGGUGUUCUUUACCUGGAUUGGCAGUAUCACAAUUUAGUUGACCAAGGUCUGUCUAUUCAUGUGAAACUGAGUAGUACUAUUAGGAUUUUUUUUUUUUUUUUUUACACACACGAAUGGACUAUAAAACAACCAAAUAACGUUCACAUUUCAUAUUCCACCUACCUGAGAGAUACAACAAAAUACUGUAAUGUAAAGCAAUACUGCCUGGAAAACACGUUCUUCCAAUAAUAAAACACUUGGAAUCUGCCAGUUACUCAAACCUGUAAAGUUGACUGUAAUAUUGGUAAGAUAAUUUUGCUGCUCUUUAAUACCAGCUCAAAAAAAAAUCAGUGUAGUGCAGUUAGGUGACUAGAAGUAUGCAGUGUCCACAGUGUACUUCUCUUUGGUGGUUGGGUUGAUGUCCAAAUAUCUAUAAUAUUGUUUCCCCAUAAGUGCCAAAGGAACAUUGAACCAUUUACCUACAAGGUAAAACUACAUAAGCAUUGUAUGUUUUUUCCCAUGUGUUUUUUUUCUAUUUCAUAUGCACAGUCUUAUUCCUUUGUAUUUUUAUUAUGGGUCUGCUAACUGGAGGGUAUUGACUACUGAAGUCCACUGUGAUUACAAGUCACAGAGGCGCUUGCAUUCUUUGUGAAUUGCAGACUGAACCCCUUUGGAGUAUUUUGUGAGGGAAUGGCCAAUUUAGAUUUGCUAUAGAUUUUUUUUUAUGGGAAAUCUGUAAGAUCCAGUGGGGUGUGUUUGCUUAUUUCUUUGCUUUUGGUUAUUACCUUUUAGUUCUCAGUUUCUCGUAAUUGUUUAAAAAAAAAAAAAAAAAAAAAAAAAAACUUUCAAUAUGCCUCCUGAGCGGAAGACUACACUGGAAAUCCACUGCUUACUUUAAUUUAAUGGGAGCAAAGAAUACAUUUGUAAAUAAAACUGCUUGGGAUAACUUCAA